AUGCCCAGCAUGCACACCAGACAUGCUGGCUAUAUCUGUAGACGGUAAUAGAAAACAUUACCGGUUCAAAAAGUCAAAAGGGACAGACGAACCAUCUCUUUUUGAUGGACUGUUCAUUGCUCCAGAUGCCAAAGUAUCUGCGUUUGUUGACCAAAUAAGAAGCCAGAUGUUAAGUAGGACCGGUCAUGAUGUCUGCGGACCAGCAACAUUUACAGCAGGCAGAGAAAUAUCACAGAAGUCCAGGGCCAAGGUGGACGAAGAGGGCCUUCAAAUAGCUGUGUGCAGACAUGGAAUCUUGCUGCAAGGCUUGAAUCACUACCGUGGUGAAAUAUAUGCCUACCCAAUGUUCCUGCAGAAGGAGCUGGCACAAGCUGCAAAUGCAACAUUCUUUUGUAUGGACAUUGCUUGCAGGUACUGGCCUUAUUUGGAAAAGAUGGCAGAGAAGUUAUCUGAGCUCCAACCACUGACCAUGAUGAAGCCUUUUCUCUCUGUAAUGCAUGCCAAGGCUCACACUGGCAAAUGUGAGCAGGUAAGGUGGGGCGGUAGAAGCCAGGAUGGUGCAGGAAAUACUGUUGGUGAAGAGGUGGAACAGGUCAAUAGCUUCCUUUCAAGGGCAGCUCUUACUACAAAGUACAUGACCAAGUCAGGCAGAGGAGAUAUGAUAACUGUGCUUGCCAUGGGAUGGAACCAUAGGAAGGUGCAGAGUCUUCACAAGACACUGGCGAAAAGAUUUGUCAAAACUACACAAAGAGCAGAAUUUGAAGCAGCCAAUCUUGAGAGUCUCAAGCAGGAGUUAAACAUCUCUAUGGAGGAUGCAGAUCGGUGGGUGUGUGAUGUCAAGCAAUGGGCAGCCACUGAGAGACGCAGUACUCACAGUAGCCAGGAAGAGCUCCAGGGAGAAAUCGAUGAGAUUAUUUAUUCCAUCCGAAGAAAGAAGCAUGAUCUGUAUCGGCAAAAUGACAGCAACCAAACAAGGCAACGCAAACGGAGGAGACUUGGUGAGCUCAAAAAGACACUUAGAGAGAAGAUAGUGCUGUACAACACCAUUCCUGGCUGUGAAGAGAAAAUCGACACCGAAGCAGCAUGCAGUCUCUCUGAUGAUUUUAUUCUGCCUUGGGAAGCACAAGGAGAUGUGGUGAGUCUCCGCUUGAAGAGGCGAGUGUUUGACCAAGUCAUGCUGGUAAGGCGGAUGGAGGAGGAGAAGAUAAUAAUUGUAAAAGAGAUGACUCAGCAUUAUCAACAUCUAAAAAAAACAUUGGAGAAACUGGACAGUCUCCUUCGGGAGACUAAAGAGGACAUCAAGAUCCGUAAUCCACCCAGAGAGCUGACCAAAGAGGCACACAGGGGGCUAUACUGCUGUCUCUUACACAAGCGGCACAUUCUGCAUCAAAAACUUGCAGCAGUCACCAGCACCUAUGGCAGUGUCAACAACACAGACCCUUCCUUCUUCAUGCUGGAGGAAGAUGUUGAAGAGGAGAGUGAGGACAACAGCAGUCCAGAACUUUCUGAAGAAGAGUCUUAAAGUUUUAGCAUAAC